AGAAACGGAAUUUGCAAGAAUCACUGGCAAGUGACAAGAACGAAUUUUAUACUCUAUAUUUAUUCCAAAAUGGCUUGCCUGUGUACGCUUGUUGUCGAUUUGAUCCUCAAAUAAUUUUGAAUCUAAUAUUUUCACUAUGACUUCAGUAAAGGAAUUAUCGUGUAUCUUUUGCAAAGAGAGCUUUGGAGAUAAAGAGUCACUACAAACACAUUUUAGGAAACAUGGGGAUCCGAAGUUUAAUCAGACAACGAAAGCUAAAUUACGCGUUCAGACGAAUUCUCCGACAUCCAGCGAUACUUCCAGAGAUGACGUUGAAAUGGUGUCUUGCGAUGUGUGUGAUGAAGUGUUCCCAACUAUUUCGAAGGCGAUAACACAUAAACACAAGGUUCAUCCCGACUAUGAUGCCAAGUAUUUUUGUCCUUGGUGUGGGAAACUAUUCACUUUAAAGUAUUUAUACAACAAACAUUUGGAAUCAACUCAUGAGUCCAUGCCAAAAGUAACAAAUUGUUUCCAUUGUGAUUGCUGCGAUGUUGAUUUCUUUCUACCCUGCGCAAUGGUUUACCAUAAUAAGUUUUACCAUAGACAAGAUAAAGAUGCUACAUCUAUUGGUUUUUCAAAGAAAGUCAAAUUUUUAUGUCAAGAAUUGGUACAAAUCUAUUACUGUCCAUUCUGUGGGGAAGAGUAUGAAAAUAAGGUCAAUUUAAAUAAACACAUGGAUGAUGAUCAUAGUGAUGAAAAUCAAUGUCCUGAAGACAUACUUAGGUGCCCUUUGUGUGAGGCUGUAUUUUAUCACCUAGAUGCAUAUGAGUUACAUCUUACAUUUCACUCAUCAGAUGACUUAUACAGUGAAGAGAAUGAAAUGCUUAAACAAAUUGUAGAAUUUUCAUUGGACACUGUACCUCCUCUAAUGGAAAAACUAGAAAUUCCGCCAAUGCCUGAAGAGAAUGAAGCAAUGGGAGUAGAUCAAUUCUUACAAUUAUCAAUGUGUAGAGAGACUGAUGAACAGCCAGAUCAUAUGGAAAAAGUAAAAUCGAAAAAGCACAAAAAACAUAAAAAAUCGAAAAAAACCAUAACUUUAGACGAAUUUUUAAAUAUGAACACUGAUCUCUUUGGAGAAGGCCUAAAUAUCCAAGGAAUAGAAGAAGUUCCUACUCGUGUAGUCACUAAGCAACUAAAAUCUAAAAAAGAACCAGUUUUAAAAAAUCUGAAAAAUAAACCAUUGCCUACAAACAUAGACAAAUUACAGAAACAAGGUAUAACUAUUAAAAUGAAGCCAGGAAACAAAAGUGUUCCAACUAAAAUACAACAACCAAUUUCUAUUAAACAAACAACUACUCCUAAGAAAUCAAAUGUAAUAAGUACAUCUAGUGAAGUUCUUUCAAGACUCAUGAAUCAAAGUAACAGUCAAAUAAAAAUAGUAAAAAAAGCUGCAGCAAGUAACACUAAUGUAGAUCUUGAUAUAAAUGAAAGCAAUAACACAAUCACAUCAAAGAAGGAAGGGACACAUGAUGUGAAAGAAAAUGAGGAAUUUUCAGAAUCGCCACAAAAUAUGUCUGUAGAAAAGGACACCGAAGAUUUUACUGGGGAAACAGAUAUGGAUAAAAAUGAUGAGGAAAAUACACCUGACAAAGAAACGAUAACAACAGAAACAUCAAAUCCUUUAAAUGAAAAAGCUUCAAAUGUAACUUCUGACGAAAGUUAUGAAAUGAAUGUAACUAAUGAUUUUGAUACAAACCUAAGUGAUGAUAACAAUAUUGAAAACCAAGAAUAUGUUGCAGAAAAUCCUUCAUCUAUUACAAAUACCAAUGACGAUAUAAAUUUUAAAGAGAGGCAAACACUGGAUGACUUUGAGGAAAGUCUGAUUGCUACAAAAAUACCAUGCACUGCAAACACCAACAAAGAAUCUCAAAAAAAUGGAGGGACUAAAAAAACUACGAGUGAAAAGAAUGAAACUAUUGUCGAUCAAAAAGAGAAGACAAAUAAUACUUUAAAUGCUAUUAAACAUCUUAGCCAUCUUAUUACAGUUAAACCCGUUGUUCAGACAAAACCUGACUCUAAGAGUGAAGAUGGCGAAACUAAAAAUAAAUCUAGUCAUGAUCAAGUUGAGGAUUUAAACGAUGAAAUUAAUUAUGAAGAUGAAGACGAUGAUGAAGACAAUAUACCAAUAAGUAAAUUAGAAAACCAAAAGGAUAAUAAACCUAAAGGUUUGAAUUCUUUAAAGAAUUUAAAUAAACAUGUCAAAGUUAAAUCAUUUACGACACAAAUGUCUACUUCUAAACUUCACCAGUUUAAUGAUGAUAGCGAUGAUCUAGAUAGUACAGAUAAAUUAAGCGAUCAAGAAUCUGCUAAUAAAAGUGUAACAAAUAACAUUAUAGGAAGAAAAGUUGUUAAUUUGAACAAAAGAAGUAAACCAGAAAGUAUAGUCAAAAAUUCACAAACCGAGAGUCCAUCUCAGGGAACAUCAAAGAAAUUGAGUGUGAAGAAAACAGUUGAAAAUAAUUCGGAACCCAAUUCUCCAAAUGAAAAUACAAAAAUGAACACUUCGAAUGCAGAUCUUUUAAGACGUUUGACAAAUGUUACGGCGAAACCGAUUUCGUCGAAGAUGCCUAUAAAGCCUACGCCUCAAACAAUGGAACAUUCUACUAAUAUUAAAAAAGAAAAUUUUACUGAACGGGUAAAGAAACAAGGAAAAAUUGACGAAGAAAUAGAAAUAUUUAAUAUUGAUGACUCUGAUAGUGAUGAUCAAAAUAAACUAGAGGACGACAAUGAGGCAAAAAAUACUAAAUUACCGAUUAAUUAUGGUACCGAGAGCAAAGAAACCAAGAUUGCUCCUCCGUCCAAAUCAUUACAGGCUUUACGCAACCUUGGUAAAAAUAUUACUGUGAAAUCCAAUACCCAAACAAUAGUAACUCGUAAUUCUGAUGAUAAUAUUGAGGAUGAAAAUAAAACAUUUUCUGAAGACGAAGACUUUGAACUAAACAAUGACGACAAAAGUAUUGAAGAUUUUAUUGAUGAAAGUCAUAAAAUGUUACAAUCAACUUUAAAAAAUCUGAGUAAAAAUUUAACAAUAAAGUCAAGAAAUUCUCAAAAUUUACCUAACAUAAGAAAGCGUGAAGUUAAUAACCGUCAAAAAUAUGAAAGGUUUUCUAAUAAUGAUAGUGAUAGUGAUUCAGAAUACGCCAUUGGUAAAGUUAAGAUUACCGAAAUAACAGACCACAAUAGUGAAGAUGAAUUUCAAUCUGCCGAUGAAAAAAAUAAGUUUGUUCAGUCUCCGAACUCUAACAAUAGCGAUGGCGAAGAUAAUUUCGCUGAAAAUGAAAAUCAACACUUUUCGGAAGAUGACAAUGAUAAUCACCAUACCAACGUUAAAAUGAAGUCCAAUGAACAUCUAAGUCAAUCCGCAGCCACUCUACAAGAAUGUGACAAAUCUCCUUUAGAUAAGUUUAAGAAAUUAAACAAAGAAAUUACUAUAAAGUCACUAAAUGAAAAUAAGAAAAUAAAUAGAAGUACUGAAAAUGAAGAACCAAAUACAAGCAAGGAUUCCAAUAUCUCAAACAAUGCUAAUGAAAUGGCUUUAAAGCCUUAUAAACAAAAUUUUAAUAAACACAUAAAAUCCGAACAUCAAACGUCAUCUGCAGCAAAUGAAAAAGUUGGAUCAAAUGAAGUCAGUACUGUAAAUAAGGAGGUCUCAGUAAAAACAUACCAGUCACAAACUGUUAUAGAAGAAAUAACAACAACUGUAACUAAAACAAUAAGAACUGUAAAUCAAACUGUCAAACAAGAAGUUAACAAUACUCAAGUUAACACGAAUCCAACAUUUAAACCUCAUAAAAUCGCUUACUUUAAUCCCGGUAAGAUUAUUCCCAAACAAGCAAUGAUCAGAAAUGCAACUCCAAACAUAGGGUCUAAAGUUGUAAAUAUUGCUUCAUCAAAACCUAGCACUAGUGGUAUUCGGCCAAACCAAUUAGUUCCAGUGCGCUCGGGACCAAAUAUUACAAAAGUUGGCAACAUUAAGGCUCCUGUAGCAAGGAAUGUUACACCUAAACCACCCUCACAAAGUACAGUAGCAUGCAGAACCCUUAAAAUUUCACCCCAAGCUAUGAACCAAACAAUGAAGAGACCAUCUCAAGAAACACAGGGGCAGUUAAGUUGUUUUAAGAAGCCAAAGGAGUCUUUAAUGGAAAUGCAAAAAUCGAGAGACCAAGAAGGAGAAAUGCAUAUGACAGCAACACAAAGCAAAUCAGAUUUUACGAGUUCAGUUAAAUGUUUGAAAGGCAAAACUUUAGUUACAUCUACACAAAUGAAGUCAGAAAUGAGCACAAGUGCACAUUUAAGUAAAAUAGGCAAUAUGUCCGGUCUUAAAAUUGUAAAAUCCAGUUCUAAACAAACAACACAAGUCGAAGAGAAAGUUGAAAGUUCUAAUGCAAAGAGAACUAUGGAAGCUUUGCAAAAGUUACAAAUGCAAGGUCUUUUAGUUAAAAGGCCGCGUACUGAAGAUAAUGAUGCGAUGGAGGAAGAAAAUGACUUUUCUAAUUCAGGAAGUGAAAAUGAUGACACUUGAUCAUGAUCUCCAAAUAAUUCCUUUAACAGCAUUAUAUUUAAAGCGUUGUGACAUAUAAACUUGUCAAGUGCAAGACUUUGGUGU